AUGGCAGAGGAAAGUCAUCCAAGUCACCUUUCACCCAGCGAACUGGGAACCAAAGACUACUGGGAAACCUUCUACGCCCGAACCCUCACACACAUCUCCACAAAACAAACCCCCAAGCAAGAGACCACGGACCUGGAUUCAGACGCCGAAUCUAUCGACGACGAUGACGACCCCGGCACAUCAUGGUUCUCCGAACACAACGCCCCCGAUAAAGUCCUCCAGUUCCUGACCGCAGAGGACUUCCCCCUGGCACCGUGCAACACUGUCUCCGCGGGUGCCAACAACCACCCCAGCAUCCUGGACCUGGGCACCGGGAACGGGAGCAUGUUGGCUCUGUUACGCAAGCGGGGCGGGUUCCGGGGCGUGAUGGUCGGGGUUGAUUAUUCGGCGCGGAGUGUGGAGUUGGCGCGGGAGCUGCAGAGGUUGAAGAUGCAUUCGGCUUAUUUGACGGAUGACGAGGAUGAGGAGUGUACUGGGGGUGGUGCUGAGGGGGAGAUUCGGUUUGAGGAAUGGGAUAUUUUGCAUUCUGCGGAGGAGGUGACGGAGCAGGGGAAGUUGGAUUGGUUUCCGUAUGGGGAGGGCGGGUUUGAUAUUGUGCUUGAUAAGGGGACGUUUGACGCUGUUUCGCUUUCGGAGGAGGUGGUCGAGGGCGAUGCGGGUGCUUCUGUGGCGGGGAGGAGGAAGGUGCAGAGGCGGGUUUGUGAGAUGUAUCCGGGGGUUGCGAGACGGUUGGUGAAGAAGGGUGGGUUUUUGGUGGUUACGAGCUGUAACUGGACUGAGGAGGAGUUGGUGAUGUGGUUUACCAGGGAGAAGGGGGAGGGCGAUCGAUUGGAGGUUUGGGGGCGUGUUGAGUAUCCCCGGUUUAGGUUUGGGGGCAAGGAGGGCCAGGGAGUUUGUACAGUGUGUUUCCAGAGGCUUUGA